AUGUACACUGAAGCCAGUAUGUUCUUGGGAAUAAACCAGUACGCAUCUCAUAGUCAUUUAAUAAAAUAAUAAUUCGUCAAGUCUCAAAUAUCAAGAAACGAUAUUUAUUACAUGGUGUCAGGUGUAGAAAUUAUACCUACAACGAAAUCAAUAACAAAUAUUAUAAUUUCUUCGAAUGGAACAAAAACAGAUGCCGAAAUCCAUCAAGAUGUCCGACGAUGCCGAUGGAAGAGUCGACCACAUGCCAAAUUUGAAACCAAUCAAUGAAUUAAUUAUUUCAUCGAGUGAAAAUAAUGCAUCAAAUUGGAAAGAAUGGCGGGAAAAUUUCGAAAUAUACUUAUUAGCAACAGGAUUGAUCGAUUCCUCAGAAUGCCGAAAAAUUGCUGUCAUGUUGCACUCCAUUGGUUCCAAAGGUAGACAAAUUUUCAACUCAUUCAACAUGAAAAUCUCUGAUACAACUUUAAAUGAUGUUAAAAUUAAAUUCGACAACUAUUUCGAACCUCAAAAAAAUCUCACCAUGUUACGUCAUACUUUUUUCACUAGAACACAAAAAGUGAAUGAAAGUAUAGAUAAUUUCAUAACAGACCUUGAAAAUUUGAGCAUGAAAUGUGAAUUCAAGGAUCUUCGAGAAUCUUUAGUCAGAGAUAUAUUCAUUGCCAACAUGAAUUCUCAUCUUACGAAUAUACGCCAACGUCUACUGCAGGAAGUCGAUAUCUCUCUUCAAAAAGCUGUUGAACUAGCCAAAUCUGUCGUUCUGGCUCAACAAAAUUCAGAGAAAAUCCAGAAGGAGUCCAUAGGAGGAUCAGAACAAGUCCUUUUUAUUAAUAAAAAGAAUUCCAAUUCAUAUGAGAAAUCUAAGCAAUCAAGAUCACAGAGCAUCAGUCAAUCAUCCAGUGGCUCCAGGCGUGAGUUCCAAAAUCGAAGAUCAUCUCCCAGUAGCAACAGUGUUUGUGGAAGAUGUGGUCAACAACAUAGAUACAAAUGUCCAGCUUCAAAUGUUAAAUGCAGGAUGUAUUUCAAGGCCUAGGAUGUUUACCUCCAGUCUGCCAUAUCAAGUUACGUCCGGAUGCUAUUCCGC